CGCACUUGUGGCCGCCAUUACGGUAACAAAGAUGGCGUCGAUCAUCGGUUCAGAAGUUGAAAUACAAGAAGUCGAGAUAGAAACGGUUCCCGUGGAUUUACCUAUUGAGACAGUUGAAACGUCUGACAACACUAUAGAAGUACAACCUAUGAUAGCCUUACAGCCGCUUCCAGAGACUGGUCAUGAAGAAAUAGUGCUACAGACACGGGAAGAAGUGGUUGGAGACCUCGUGGGGGACGGGAUGACAGUCCCGGCCCCGGACAUUGAGCUUGUCACUGAAGAUGUCACAACAUCAAGGAAAGGAAAGGGUGGUAAAAAGAAGAGUGCAAGGUCGAAAUUCAUUUCAAAUACUGGGCUGAAUGAGCUUGGCCUUGACAUGCCAACCACGAACAAGAAAUGGGAACAGAAACAAGUUCAAAUAAAAACACUGGAGGGUGAAUUUUCUGUGACAAUGUGGGCUUCAGGCGAUGACAAGAAACUUGAGGAGGAUUCAAGUGUUUCAGAGUCUGAUGCAGACUACACUGAAUACAUGACAGGCAGAAAGUUGCCUCCAGGUGGCAUCCCAGGCCUUGAUCUGAGUGACCCCAAACAGUUGGCAGAAUUUGCAAGCAUUAAGCAGAAGAAGCCCUCGGAUGAUGUCCCAAGAACAGUUCCAUGCCCACACAAAGGCUGCAAUAAGAUGUUCCGAGAUAAUUCUGCCAUGAGGAAGCACCUGCACACCCAUGGGCCCCGAGUGCAUGUGUGUGCGGAGUGUGGUAAGGCCUUCGUAGAGAGCUCCAAGUUGAAGCGACAUCAGCUGGUACACACUGGCGAGAAACCUUUCCAGUGCACGUUCGAGGGGUGUGGCAAGAGGUUUUCUCUUGAUUUCAACUUGCGUACACAUGUGAGAAUCCACACUGGUGACCGGCCGUAUGUAUGUCCGUUUGACGGCUGUAACAAGAAGUUUGCCCAAUCCACAAAUCUCAAGUCCCACAUACUUACACAUGCAAAAGCCACCAGUCAGCUUGGUGCCACAUACUCUACUUCUCAAGAAAUAGGUCACCCCCAACUAGAAAUAGGAGUUCAACAAGGCUAUCAGGUCCAACAGGAGACAAUGUUGAUAGGCUACACAUACGAGGAACAGUGACUAGGCGAGGCUGUAGAACGGGCCGAGGAAAUCGAAUAUGAGAGAAGUUUCCUUGAAUCAUCGUCAUCAUCAUCAUCCAAGUGACUGAGGUGGUGUAUGGGUUUACGUGUAUAUGCCCAAGUGUUAUGGACUGCAGGGCCACGACUGCCCUGGCCCUCUCACCAUGUUGGAGGGCCACUAGUGCGGUCUCACUCACAGGGCUGAAGUUUGUCACAGACUAUGUGUUUCUAACCACGGAUGAACUGUCCACGCUAAACUUACUCUGUGUGUCACUUGUUGCUCAUCUGACAGACUUAAAAGAAUGAGAUACGAGUGAUUGAAUGGUUGAAACAAAAUACAAUGGAAACAUCAACACAACAAAUUCAAAUUGUUAAGGUAUACACACAGAUGUUACAAUUACUGAUAAUGGUUUUGGUCCUCUUUUUACAUGGUCCAUUAAGGAAGUUUUUAUGCCCAUGUGGGCAUAUUGAAAUCGCUCCGUCAGUCUAUGCAAUUUCUUGUGUUCGGACUGUAACUUUCUCUUGUAUGGACAGAUUUUAAAAUAACUGGCUACAUGUGCUAAAUAUACCAAGAAAAAAUGUGGCUUUAAGAUCCAUGUCCCAACCUCUAAGGUCAUGGUCAUACUUAGUGCAGUGGUCUAAAUUCACACAAGUCCGUAAGCCCUGCACUGGUUAAAUGUCUUCCGGGCUUGCUCAAAUUCUAAAUAAUAUAUAGCAGGGCUUGUUCAAAAAUUGGAUGCCAUACAUAAGUAUAAAAAUUCAGGCUUGUUCUAAUUUUGAUGACUGUUAGUGUUUGUUUACUAUGGAAUGCUGCUAUAAGGACAAACGUAUAGGUGGUCGUGUUCGGGUUGUAACUUUCUCCUGUACAGACAGAAUUUAAAAUAUUUUGCCACAUGUUUGACAUACCAAAAGGACUUGUCGCAUGCAAGGGCCCUGUCCUUACUUCUAGGUUGGUCCUGUCUGGGCUGUAACUUGAUCAUACGGAGGAAUUUAAAAAUUACUUGGCACAUGUGUUUUGUACAUUAAGACAGGUAUUGCAUGCAAAACUGAAGUCCCUUCCACAAAGGUGAUGGCCACAUGUUUAUCAUUAAGGAAUAUAUAUGCAGCAUUCCAUAAUGAUAUAUAUAUACACACACACAGUAUAGUUGGUCAUGUCAGAGUUGUAACUUUGUCCUGCACAGAAGGAUCUCAGACUUGAUGGCAAUUCUGGGACAUUUGUCACAUACUGUGAUGGCUCUUGUUAUUUAAUACACAGUCUGUGUUGACUAGUUUGUUUUCAUUGCUGGUGUCAAAAGGUUUUCAUCCUGAGAAGUUAAAAGCUUCAAACAAGUUUUUGUUGUAUUAUUUAUGGUGGUGUCGAAAUGCAGCAUAAAGUGAUGACAAAUUACUGGUUUUCAUCUUGAUAAUAUGAAAGUAAGCCUCAAAUAAGUUUUUGUUUUACUAUUGGAUGUUCUUAAACAACUCAACUCGUUGGUUUAUGAAAUGAGUGACCAUGUAUUAUAAAUGUUGCAGAAAAAGUGUUAAUCUCUAUUUGUUUAUUAAGCUUUCUAUUUCGAAGGCUAGUUGUACAUUUUUAUUAUUUAUAGUUGUUUGUAAAUGAUUUGUAAUAAUAGAUCAUGACAUAUUUUCACAGUAAAUGUGAUUGAAAAUCUAA